CGAUUCAGUCUCGCGCAAACCACCCCUCAUGUGCUGCCGUGGCCGCUGCAGCGGCAGCAGCGCGCUCGAAGCUCCACUUUGUCAUGCCCGCCGCCGCCGCCGCCGUCGCCGCCGCCGCCGCCGAGGAUACGUAAACAGAAACGUACGGAGACGCGAGGAGUGCCGUUGAGUACGGCGUGUAGUGAGCUCUGCCAUCUUCGCCGAGGAACUGCCGCGAUCGGUGAUCAUUCCGCGUCGUGUCGCAUCAGCAGCCCCCGGAAAUCCCGUCGUGACGGGACAUCGUGACGGCCGUGCCGAUCGCGAUUAUUGAUUCUCGCCUGGCGUGUUUCGUCGCUUUUUUCUUCUUCCUUUCUGGAGCCUCGAUAGGAUUAUCGCACGCGGCGACGCAACGCGCCGAGCAACGAGAGAGUAAGAGCAAGAGGAGAGAAAAUAGGGAGAAGAAGAAAAUAGCGGCGUGAAGAUCGCGCGCGCCAACCCCUCGUCCACCCCGUCCACCCAUCCAGCCUUGGCCACCCUCGGGAGCGCGUCGUGCGAGCGGGAAGCGCCGACGAGUACCGCCUCCGCCGCCGCCGCCGCCGUCGCCGGCGCGCGGCGUUAUUCGCUCGAGGGAGGCUCGAUCUAGUCGCUCCGCAUCCGCCAUCAUCGCGGCCGCCGGCCGUCGAAUAUGACGCGGCCCCAUCGCCCGCAUAUUCAACUGUGCUACUCUUGACUACGAAUCGACGCGGCCAAUCGAGACACGGUGACACGAAGUGCGUGUGCCACAUCGAGACAUGUCUUCGAUAUCAGCGCAGGGCGUCGUCGAGCGUGCCAGCGCCGAAUUGACCAAGCGAAUCAACGGUCUGGGGUUGCGGACAUCCAAACAUCAUGGCGGCGGCAAGACUAGCGUUAUGGAGCGCGUGACGAAUGUCUUUUGCGGCAGCGGCAGUGUCGCUUACAUGAAUUUGCAAAGUGCGAAUAAUGCGAAUGCAACGCCCGAGAAGCCCAGCCGGAGCGCCGCGCAGACCAUCAACAAUAUGCCAGCGAGUAACAACAAGAGCCUGAACAAUGUCACCCCGAGCAGAGGUAGGAUACCUAGGAACAGGAUGAAGAACGUGCCCUUAGCCAGCGGCGGCACGGGCGGCUACGUCCCGCCUGCCACGUGGGAACAGCUGAUGCAGGACGAGAACUUCCUUGGCCGAUUUUUCCUUUACUUCAACGCCACGGAAAGAAGGAUCUUGGCUCAGGUCUGCACAAAAUGGAGAGACGUUCUGUACGCAAGACCGCGUCUCUGGACGGGGUUGGUGCCGGUGGUGAGAUGCCGCGAGGCCCGCGCGAUGCAGCCCAACUCCCGCACCCGGCUCUAUGCUUCCUUAGUAAGAAGAGGUUUCCACUCGUUAGUCCUCCUGGGCGCAGCGGAUGAAGAUAUCCCGGAAUUAACGCACGGUUUUCCCUUGGCACAGCGAUACGUGCACUCCUUGUCGUUGCGCUGUUGCGCGGUGACCGACAGGGGCCUGGAGGCUCUCUUGGAUCACUUGCAGGCUUUGUACGAGCUUGAACUGGCCGGUUGCAACGAGAUAACGGAAGCCGGUUUGUGGGCUUGCCUCACCCCCAGAAUAGUGUCGUUGUCUCUAUCGGAUUGCAUCAACGUCGCUGACGAGGCGGUCGGCGCGGUCGCCCAGCUAUUGCCGAGCCUUUACGAAUUCUCCCUGCAGGCUUAUCACGUCACCGAUGCUGCGCUUGGUUACUUCAGUGCCAAACAGAGUAGCGCGCUUAGUAUUCUGAGACUCCAGUCCUGCUGGGAGCUCACGAAUCACGGUGUAGUAAAUAUUGUACAUUCCUUGCCCAAUCUGACUGUGCUAUCGCUCUCUGGAUGCAGUAAAGUAACGGAUGACGGCGUUGAAUUAAUCGCGGAAAACUUGCCAAGACUUCGUUCCUUAGAUCUGAGCUGGUGCUCAAGGAUUACAGAUGCAGCCUUAGAAUAUAUUGCCUGUGAUUUGAAUAACUUAGAAGAACUCACAUUAGAUAGAUGUGUACACAUCACGGAUAUUGGCGUCGGUUACAUUUCCACGAUGGUCUCACUGAGCGCCUUGUUUUUGAGAUGGUGUUCGCAACUUAGGGAUUUUGGACUUCAACAUCUGUGUGUCAUGAGAUCUCUGCAGGUGUUGUCUCUGGCAGGUUGCCCGUUGCUCACAAGUGGAGGUUUAUCUAGUCUGAUACAGCUUCGACACUUACACGAGUUAGAACUAACUAAUUGCCCAGGAACGUCGCGAGAACUGUUUGACUAUUUGCGUGAACAUCUGCCGCGUUGCCUAAUCAUCGAAUAAACGAUGUUUAAUUGAGAAUAUAAUAUCGGCAAAAUGAAAUCCCUUUAUACUCGAACAGAUGUCAGACGAAGAGCGUUGAACUUGCGAGCGAGUAGACUUCGACUCCAGGAUUUCGAACGCGGGAAGCAAUAUUUCGGACGAGCGGAACGCCGUACAGAUAAAAAGCAAUUGACGUCCAGAUAACGAAAGAAAGAACACUAUGUUUUCCUCGUAAUGGUCUAAGGAAACACUAGCCCUCGAACGUGCAAGAUAAUACAAUUAAUAACGCAUAGACAUUUUUAAUACACACUAACGUCCCGUGCACUUCCGUUCGUAUUUUUUCAUUCUGCCACGCGAUCACGUCGAGACGGGCGAACGAACGAUGCAGAAAGAAGACUCUCACGGCCCGUUGUAAUGAUCUUGUACAGAGAAUUGAAUUCAAUAUUGUACAUUAGAAAAGAGAUUGAUAGCGCGUGCAUCAGAAAAAAGCGAUUGAUGACUUGUGAGGUCCUUCUUUUUGCCUCCUAAUAGUGUAGAGAGAGAGUCCGAGUAAGCAUACAGCAAGAAACUCACAACAGUUAGAACUGUGAUAAAUUUAUAUUGUACGUAAUUCUAAUUGGUUCUCGCGUAUACGUGUUUAAAUGUCGUCGGCACUGCAUUCGGCGGGCACGACGAGGUCGUACGGAGCAAUUGAGAGCAGAUUGAUCAGGCUGUCACAUUCGCCAGCUGUACGAACAUGUAGCCGAUUGCGAUUCGAUUCAGCGAUCGUCGUCUCUGCCGCGUGUGCGCGUCGAUCGACGCGCGCAUUGUCCAAUUAUUUGCGAUUCUAGCUGCAACACACUACGCAUGUUGCUUGAAAGAAAGUACUUAGCGGGUAUCGAUUACACGAACAGAAGCUAACAUUCCAAACCACAUUACUCAGCACCUUACUCAUGAACACAUGAUUCGUGUUGUUUGUUUGACGAUGCAUAUUGUAGGCGGGAACGCGUUUCAAUUGUCGCAUCCACGGUGUGUGGUAACAUCGUCAUUCAUGUGUUAUCUUUAUAUAGUAUAUCCUCGUGCAAUCAGUGUUCUCUAAAUUUAGAACUUUUCGCUAGCUCUAUAUUCUUUGUGGUUUUCCUGAUUAAGUAUAUGCAUAUAUAUAAAUAUAUAAAUAAAUAUAUAUAUAAAUAUAUAUAAUUAAUGUAACAUAAUUAGAAGAAAUAUUUCGCGUGUUUCAAGGAUAAUGAUAAUUUUAAUAAUUUAUUACGUCAUUGGUAUGUCGUAUUAUGCCUUAUCGGUACUGGCAUAUUAAAUCGAAUAAGUAUCAACGUACUAUUGUUUACGACUUUUGAAAAAAAACAACAAACGCAUCGUAUUAAUCGAUUUAAUCGAGCGUUUGAGUUUCGCGUUACGUGAGGUCAAGAACAAUUGGAUGCCAAAAAGAAAUGUGUCUUUCUUAAGUUCGUCAACAGCAUGCAAGAAACUCACUCGUAAUUUACGAGAUGCGAUACAAUACACACAUUGUGCGCCGUUCAUUAUAGUGACACCCAUCCUUGAUAUAAUUUCGGCCAGAAUGCCGUAUCUCUUAAGUGAUAUAUUGACAAUUAUGGUUGUAGCCCUUAUUUGUUAUUCUGUUAAACUCAAUUCAGAGAUAGUCAGUCUCUUUCUCAAAGCAAUUCGAUAUUCACGAGCAGAUAUAAUUUCUACGUGUUGUCACAUGUUUAGCACAUAUAACACCUUUGUAUAUAUUGUACAAAUUAUAUAUGAUAAUUCUGUUAUCAAUCAAAACCGAGCGUAAAUAUAUCCGCACAGGCGAAGUUGUAUUGGAGAGUGGAGUCACAUUGUGAGAUACUACGAUCACAGAUGCAACAUUUAAUGACGACACACGAUAAUAUGAUGGAAUGUGCUGUGAAAUAAAAAUUUAUUGACCAAACUA